GCAACCAGUUGAAUUGUCUCUGCAUGUUUGUGUUCGUUGUGAUGUUUAAAGAGGAAAAAAAAAUGUUGCCUGGCGCGGACGUGGUGAAUGUAAAGGAAACUACUGAAAGCGUCGACAUAAAGUCCGUUAAUGCCUCGGCAGAGGAAGUCAGCACCAAAACAGCGGAGGGAUGCGUCAGUAUGUGCGGUAUGUGUCCGACCUGCGUCUUUGCCUCCAAACCUCCGGGUUCCAGUCGGUGUCUGUGGAAGGUGUCGGAUGAGUUCAAGAGGAGGUUCGUGCUGACGCUCCUUUUACGCUGCAGGAGCGUCCAAGUCCUCGAGAGCAUCCAAGGUGUGCUGCGUGGCGCGACGUCGUGGACGCUCCACACCUACGCUAGGUCAAGAAGCCCCAUCACACCUCAGGAACACCCCUUCCGCUCUUCCCACCAAGGUCACGAUGGAAAACCCCUGGGAGUGAACGUGAAGGAAAUCUGGAAGUGGUUCAGCAGCAGUCCGGACUGGGUCAAGUCAAGCUACGUUUGCCGUAUUUUUUCACUGUGUGACUCCGAACUUUUACGGAUGGUCGCCAACUUAACCAACGUGCUCCUGGUCAGACAAAAAAGUGGAUUCCUGGAGUUUAAUGUAAGUAACCACAAUAACAAUCAUGACAAUCAGGAGGAGUCUGAGGACCCUGCUCUAAUGGUAGUGCCGGGAUCCUCCAAGUCUGUGUCUGGGGUCAGCCGACACAGAGACUUCAUAAGCUGCCUACCUGUUGAUCUCUCCAAGAGGAUAUUAGGAAUGUUAGGUGACCAUACUUUGAUUCGUUGCACGGCAGUUUGUCAGUACUGGGAGCUCCUUGCGAAGGAAACCUUGGAGGAAAUGAAAUUCAGAAGAAAUUUUCAGGGCCAAAUUUUUUCCAUGAUAGAGGGGUGCAGCAGUGUUAAUUUAGUGAGUCCUACUUAUGCCAACAUUGUUGAAAUCCCUGUACCAGUAAAGGAUGACAAGGAAGAAGAUAUUUAUUCUACUGUCCACAAGCUCAAGCCAUUUAAAUCCGCUUAUGCAAACAUCAGAACCACAGCAGUGCAAAUGGAAGAGCGAAAUGUUUACUGCGGUGCAUAUUUUACCAAAGUGCUUCUGGACAACGAAGAUCCUUAUCGGGUGUUGGACUAUAGAGGAGGACUGCUGCUGGCCACUGGCUCAAAGGACCGUUUGGUGCGUCUGUUUUAUGUGUCAUCAGAAACAGAAGACGUGUCGGUGCUGAAAGGACACGUUGGAAGCAUUCGGGCCGUGCUGCUCUGUGAGGACAGAGAUCUGCUGAUAACCGCGAGCUUUGACGCGAGUAUCAGGUGUUGGAAUUUGAAGACAGACCGGUGUGACAUGGCGCUGUACGGUCACACUGGCACCGUCAACUGUCUGGAUGCUGAUGCUGAUAAACUUGUCUCAGGAGCUAAAGACUGUGCAGUUAAAGUGUGGUGUCUGCAGACCGGGAAGCCUUUUAAUGGUUUUAAUUUCAAGCACCCCAGUCCUGUCCUGUGUGUAAAGGUCAGCAAAACUACCAUCUACAGCAGCUGUACACGGGGCCUUGUCAAAAUAUGGGACAUGGAGAAUGCAGCACUGCUCCGGACGAUUGAUGCCCACAGGAGCGCAGUGAAGUGCCUGUUCCUUGACGACUGGCACCUUCUAUCUGGGGACUGCGCUGGCAAGGUCAUGGUGUGGAGCAUCAACCAUAAUGUUGAGAAGUGUCUUAUAACCUUCAGCCACCAAAAGGAGGUAAAAUCUCUUACGCUGGUCUACCUUCGUGUUAUUACUGGCUGUGUGGAUGGAAAGAUUCGCAUAUUUAAUUUCCUCACUGGUGAUUGUUUGAGAGAGAUCACAGCAGAGACCGGAACAGGUCGUCUCCUGUCCCUGCACUUCCUUGACCAAAGUAUAUUAGUGAACACGAUAUACAGCGUGAAGCUUUUCCAGUUUGCCAAAGUGUUCUGGGAUUAUGCCAGUUCCUCACGGGCAGACCACUGUGAUGUGAUGCCACAGGAUAGUUUGGUUUCUGAGAAAUCUGCAGCUUCUCUCAGAAAGUUUCCUCUUUCCGCUCCUGGGGGAGAUCACGUGGCACAGUUGCCUUCAACCACCCAAAAGAUUCACAGCUAUAACUGUAUGAAGCCAGAGAGAGGUGAGCGGCUUUACCGGACCCACAUCCUGUCCUCCCCCGUUAAAUGCCAAAUACAACCCAGAGUGUGCGGCGAGAUUGCUAAACAGUCAGUGAAGCUUAGCGAGAAUGCGGCAACUGAACGGAUAAAGAAGAGAGGCCUUCAUCAUCCUCUGACACAGGACUGCAUCCACCUCCGGGUUAACACUAUCCUGAGGUCUCAGUGCACGGAAGAAGUCAGCAUCAACAUGGAGAGCAACGCUAGACUGAGAGAUUUGUGGGGUCCUCACACGGCUAAGGCUUCUCUGCACUCAUCUCCAAAACGGAGCGUGCACAUGUGUUCACUGCAGGAAACGCAUGAUGGUCAUCCCAGCAGGGCCAAGACCUGUGUCCCAGUUGUGAAACGAACUGUCACUGAACAUAUGACAAACAAACCACAAGGCAGAGAGGUUUCCACUGCCCCUGGGAACACAAGAAGAACCUUAUAGUCUUUACACACUCAGGCCAAUCAAAAUGUGGCCAUAGGCUUAUCAAUACAUCUUCAUAAGAUCACAAAUAAAUCCAAAAUGUUACAUAAAAACUAGUCCCAGUUUAUCCAGGAUUAACUCUUUGAGUGGAAAGGAUUCAGCCUGCUCAGUGACACUGGUGGAAGCAAAGCGGGAGGUCACACAAAGCACUGACCAAAAACUGUCCAAGAGGCAUACAUUACAAAAUGUGCAUCAAUAAAUGUUGAGCACUGCACAAUA